ACCCCCCUAACUCACUUCGAUUACCCGAUUACUGGAAUCCCCCUCCCCGACCGACCGCUACUGAAGUCGCCAUCAUGUCCUGGGCAGGGUUCAAGAAAAAUGUCAACCGCGCUACCACGCAGGUGAUGAUGAAGACGGGACAUGUGGAGCGCACAAGUGAUCGCGAUUAUGAGAUUGAAGAGCGUCGGUACCGGACGAUGGAAGCCGCCGCAAACCGGUUACAGAAAGAGGCAAAGGGAUACUUGGAUUCGCUACGAGCUAUGACUGCCUCGCAGAUGCGGAUUGCUGAGACUAUUGAUGCCUUCUAUGGCGAUGCCGGAACAAAUGAUGGUGUGAGUCGGAGUUAUAAGCAGGCUGUGGAGGAUCUGGAUGCGGAAACGAUCAAGGCGCUGGACGGCCCGUACCGCUCGACUGUGUUGGAGCCCAUCUCUCGGUUCUGUGCCUACUUCCCGGAUAUCAACGAGUGCAUUAAGAAGCGCAACCACAAGUUACUCGAUUACGAUUCGAUGCGCGCCAAGGUCAAGAAGCUGGUUGAGAAGCCCGAUAAGGAUGCGACGAAACUGCCUCGGAUGGAGCGCGAGACGGAAAUUGCCAAGCAAGCGUAUGAGCAGUUGAACGAACAGCUCUUCACCGAACUUCCUCAGCUCAUUGACCUGCGGGUACCCUACCUGGAUCCUAGCUUCGAGGCUCUGGUGAAGAUUCAAUUGCGGUUCUGCGCGGAGGCAUAUUCGCGCAUGGCGCAGGUGCAACAGUACUUGGAUGCGGAGACGAGGGAUCAGUAUGCCCGGGGAGACCUGGACAACCGGGUGGAAGAAGUGUUGCAGGAGAUUCGGGAUUUGAGCAUAGCAGGCACGGUCUAAUGGUUGUUCAUUUGUGAUACUAUUGGAGUGGGGUUCGUUUCUUUGCUUUUGUCUGUUCAUUAAACUGCGUGCGAUGAUAGCCGCUUUAAUCAUUCUGCAUCCAAGCCUUGGUAUUAUUGUUAACACUAUUUCUUUUGGAGUUGUUCUUGAAUUA